AAAAAAGCCCCAGCUUAGCAAUUAGUCAGAUCCUUUAGCAGACAGUUCUGGUCAGAGGACCACACAGCGACAAACACGGCGAGCAAAUAAUACUGCAAAAUACUCAUUUAAAAAUUGUUAGUGGCAUUUCUUUGUAGGGCUAAGUUAAACUUUUUGAUUUAUCGUCAGGCAGGCACAGUUCCAGCUGAGAUGACCUAUCAUAGGAAACAAACACAAUGGACACUCAGACUGGUGCUGGGUUGGUUUCUGAUCUGGACCUUUCUACGGCCUGACUCCCCCCACCACGUUUCAGCCAUCAACCUGCGCCGUUUCAUCGGGUGUGCCGUUCGGGAGUUCACCUUUUUGGCCAAGAAACCCGGGUGUGGAGGCCUGCACGUCACAACUGAUGCCUGCUGGGGUCGCUGUGAGACCUGGGAGAAGCCAAUUGUUGAGUCUCCCUUCAUCGAGUCCUACCAGCGGGUCUGUACCUACAACAGGACGCGCCUGGUCACUGUGAAACUGCCCAACUGCAAGCCUAAUGUUGACCCAACUUACACCUACCCCGUCGCCCUGAGGUGUGACUGUGGUGUCUGUCUGACAAGCACCACCGAAUGCAUAACAUCCGUGUAAAGCACCAAUAGAGACACAUUUAAAAUGGGAAAUUUUAUUUUUUGCAUGCAUUCACUUUUUUUUUAACCUGUAAUAAUCUCAUUUGUAGUAAUAUAAUCAGCCACCAAGAAAUAUUUUAUUUUAAACUGUAACACUUUUGUUUUUAACCAG